CUGGGUGCAAGAGAUUCCUGGUCAGAUUGUCAGAGCCUGUUGCUGCCUUGGUGCACUCUGAGCCAAUACCUUCAUCAGUCCCGUGAAGACCUGGGAUAGACAUCAGCCAUGCGGAUCCUGUACCUGCUCUUCCCUUUCUUUCUCUUGCUCCUCCAGGGGGCUGCAGGAACCUCCCUGGCUCCAGGAAAUAGGAAAGAAUGCGAACGAGCCAAAGGCUUUUGUGGAUUUCUUAAGUGCUCUUUCCCCUUUAUUGUCAAAGGAAAAUGUUCAAGGUUUUUCUUUUGCUGCAAAAGUUUACCAGUCACCAUGAACGCCCGUUAUCUCAGCAGCAUGAAGCUGUUCUACUGCCCCAUAGGCUUCUUUGAACAGACUCAUGAUGUUGUGCCCUGUGAAGACCUGGACUAG